AUGGAAAACACCGAAUAUAAACCGCAAGUUGGCGAGGAUAAACCGGAAAAUUCGCACCGUACAAACCACGAUAAUAUAGAGCCUUCCGAAGUGGUGAGCACAUCAUUUUUCCAUUAUGAGGCUAUUCAGCGUAUGUUUGUUUUCCGUUUUUUUUUCGUUUUUUUUACAUCGCUGAAUUGGAUUUUUUGACGUAAAAAAACAAAAAAAAAACGGAAAACAAUCUUUUUUUUCACAGCCUGAAUAACCCCAUUAGAAAUUUUAAAAUCAAUUUUUUUAGCAGGAAGAAGUUGUCUACGUUGAUGAUGAUUACGACGUUGAUCAUGGUGAGAUGGUCGAAAUUGAACAGCCGGCGGACGUUCCCUGCUACGUCAUGGACAACUCCGUCUACUCGCAGGUCCAUUUGGAUGCCGUCAAUCGAGAUCAGUGAGCGCUUUAUUCCCUCUUUCAUCUCUGAAUUCCACACUUACAGUACGACGUGCCACUAUUGCGGAGAAGAUCUGACGAACAAGCGGUUCUACAAUCAUCUCUUCGAUCAUCACGGAUUCACGAAACAACAGUGCGAAAUGCUGAAGCAGCAGAAGAAAAUCGAAGCGUUCAAAAACCGGACAAGCGUAGGAGAAACUUUGUUAAACGAAAAUGUUGUUUUUGAAUUGCAGAGAAGUCGAAAAGUGACAAAAGUGCACGGGUGUGCAGCGUGCGGACUCCAGUUCAUCACCAAAUCGGGCCUGCUGAGCCAUAUGAGCAAGUCCCCGGGAUGUUCGAUGCAAGACGAGGCCGACGAGGAGGGACGGGGGUCUGUGAAUAACAUUGUCUGCCCCAGCUACGGGUGUGAGAAAAAGUAAAAACUGUUGGGGUUCUCUUCUAAAUUGUUGAUAAAUUUCAGUGUGCCGACCUACCUGGACCUGGCAAUACACGUGGAUACCGAUCAUCGGGAUCUGUCUACAGUCGCCGACUGUUUCCGAAUUCGUAGAGUCACUUUCCCGGACAAAGCCAGCUUUACAGUAAUUUGAUUUUCAACUAGAAAAUAUUGUGUGCAACGGCAUUAAUCCUUUCCAGAGGUGGAAACGCAACAUGGAAAAGGAAACUUGCUCCGAAUUCUUCCUCAGAACUUCACAAAAAGUCAAGUGAGCACACUUCGUCGCCUGUUUUCGACGCGAAUUAACAUAAUUUCGUUUCAGUUUCGCAGUCCGCACCUUCCUCUACAAGUGCCUUUUCUCCAAUUCACGAGGCCAGCCGAAAGGGAAAAGAUGCGAGCAAUGUCCCGCAUUCAUCAAGGUAUUCGGAGAAAGAUUGAAGCACUAAUCGGUUGAUUGUUUCAGUGUUGCGAACGGAACCACGGUCAGUUCGAGGUGGUCGCCUGCUUCGGACAUCUGGGACACGAGCAUCCGACGGAAACGCAGCUGGCCAGAGAGAUUCGACUCGAAAAGGCCCGGCAGAUAGAACGAGUAAUAAUGAAUUUCAGAUAGCGGGCAUAUUAGUCUUUUUGUAGUUCGAAGCUCAAACGCACAUGGAACAACAACUGAUGACGACAGGAAAAUCGUACGUUGUGGACGAGUACGGACGGACGGGAGAGGUCAUACUGCUCGAAGCAGCCGAAGAAGUGGAAGAGGUGGAGGCAUUCGAAGAGGAGCAAGUCACUCAAAACGGGCAGAAGAUGAUCAGACAACUCUACCUGCCGUCGCCACACAAUCCGGGCCCAUCCAGCCGUCACUACUAG